AUGACCAGUGGCAGAGGAGAGCCGUUUCAAUUAAAUGAGAGCUGCAACGGGAAACCUCCUGUGCUAGGGAUUGUGAGUUAUUUUGCCACAUGUUCCUGUCUGAGUAACAGGAGGCUGUUCCCAUCCUUCUUUAGAACUAUUCCAAGUGAUGCCUUUCAGGUACGAGCUAUACUCCAAAUUCUCAGGCGGUUUAAUUGGACUUGGUUUGGCCUGUUGAUCAGUGAUGACGACUAUGGGCUCCACGCCGCCCGAUCCUUCCAGUCAGGCCUGGCCCAGAAUGGGGGAGGCUGCCUGGCUUAUCUAGAGGUUCUGCCUUGGGGAAAAGAUGAAGAGGUGCUGAAAAGGAUUGUUGGCAUAAUGGAGAAAUCCACAUCCCGUGUGGUUAUUGCUUUUGCACAUCAAAGCAACAUGCUUAAUCUCAUGGAAGAGGUGGUAAGGCAGAAAAUGACAGGCCUACAGUGGAUUGCCAGUGAAGCCUGGACUACGGCAAUUGUUCUUCAGACCCCCAGCUACAUGCCUUUUCUUGCAGGCACUCUGGGCAUUGCCAUCCGCCGGGGGCAGAUACCAGGACUCAGGGACUUCCUACUGAGAAUACGCCCUGACAAUGACAGACAAAGCAGCCAGGACAACAAUUUAGUGCGGGUUUUCACCUUACACACCGAUUCAGAAUCGCAAGCUAAUAUCUUGUAGGAAUGCUUUUCAAUGUAUAUGUGACCUAUUCAUGAUGCUUAUGUUUGCUUAUGAAUCCCCCUUAUUCAUGAAUUCCCCUUUAUUAGGUGAAGCAGUUUUGGGAGCAUGUAUUUCAGUGCAAGUUUAUAACCCCUGGCAUGGAGUUUGAAGGCAAGACUAAAGAAAGACUAU